AUGCUAUCUCAUGCCGACCUCCUGGAUGCUCGCCUCGGGAUGAAGGAUGCCGCGGCGGAGCUUCUGGGCCACAGGGAGGCUUUGAAGUGCAGGCUCGGCGGAGGGGGACCCGACCCGGGACACUCCGGCGAGCUCGGCCCGGGCCCGGACGGCGUGGAAGGGGCCACGAUGCUCCCCGGUGAUGAUAUCAGCAGCGGCGGAGGAUCCAACCCGGUGCAGGUCAACAGCAAAGAGCAGGAGAAGCAGCAGCAACAGCAGCAGCAGAACAACAACAACCCCAACCAGUCCGGAGGGCAGCAGACCCAGAAACAGAAGCGGCACCGGACCCGCUUCACCCCGGCGCAGCUCAACGAGCUGGAGCGGAGCUUCGCCAAAACGCACUACCCAGAUAUCUUCAUGCGGGAGGAGCUGGCGCUGAGGAUCGGUCUGACGGAGUCCAGAGUGCAGGUCUGGUUUCAGAACCGACGCGCCAAGUGGAAGAAGCGCAAGAAGACCACCAACGUCUUCCGGGCUCCGGGCACUCUCCUGCCGACGCACCACGGCCUGCCUCAGUUCCCGUCCGCCGCGGCAGCAGCGGCGGCCAUGGGCGACAGCCUCUGCUCCUUCCACGCCAACGACACCCGCUGGGCCACGGCAGGGAUGCCCGGCGUGUCUCAGCUGCAGCUACCGCCGGCUCUGGGCCGCCAGCAGGCCAUGGCUCAGUCCCUGUCUCAGUGUAGCCUCGGCGCCGGGCCGCCGCCCAACUCCAUGGGUUUAUCCAACAUGUCGUCUAACGGCUCCGGGCUGCAGUCACACCUCUACCAGCCUACUUUCCCCGGGAUGGUACCCGCGUCCCUAUCCGGCCCGACCAACGUGACCGGCUCGCCUCAGCUGUGUAGUUCCCCGGACAGUGACGUCUGGAGAGGGACAAGCAUCGCCUCGCUGCGCCGCAAAGCGCUGGAGCACACAGUAUCCAUGAGUUUCACCUAGUGAGGAGGGCCGGCGCGCAGAGCUUUUCUUUCGCUCACACAGAGAUCUUCUGCAUUUAGUUCUUAUUCAUCCAGACCAUCCAAACGGUGCACCGGGGAAAAUACAACCAGGAUACCUGUUCA